AUGUUUGUUUUACAAAUUCAUAGUGUUACAUUUUAUAAUUCAUCAACACAAACUAAACCAAGAAAUGUAUUUUUAGAUAUAUCAAAUGAAAACCAACCUUCAAGAAGAUAUUUUGUAGGAAGAUUUUCGACAUCAUCGACUAAAUCAUGCGAAUCGAUUAUUCAUAUUUCAAGGACUCCUAUAACAGUACAUUUAUCCUAUGGUCCUCUAAUGUAUCAUGACUUGGGUCCCCAAACAAUAUACGAUUUUUUAUAUGAUGAUAAAAAGAAUUUGGGUCAAAAAAAAUUUUUAACAUUUGGAAGAAGAGGACCUUUAUAUCAUGUUUGUUAUUCAAUUACACCAGUUAAAUAUUCAUAUAGCUUCUCUUUAAGUAGAAUAAGUUGCUUAAAACAAAUAACUUCUUAUAAAGACGAAUUAUAUGCCGAAGUAGAGUUUAAUCAUAGUACUCAAAGUAUAGGGCCUGGUCCAACCAAUAGAUAUCACCUGGGUAGUUUUGUAUCACACGAUGUUACUGAAAUUCAUUCUGUUCAUAAUUUAUCAUUUUCAACAUUGGUAAACUUUGUUUUAACUUUUUUUGUAAAAACAUCAACAGCAGAAUACAUACUAGGAACAUUAAAAUUUACACCUAUUUACGAAGUACCAAACUAUAGUUCAUCAACACUACCAAUAAAUAAUAAUAGUAAUAAUAAAACAAACAAUAAUGAAAAAAUUUUAUCUAGUAAUAAUACAAAUAGUUUUUUAAUACCUAAAGAUUUUAAAAUUACAAACGAGUCAUCAACUAAUUGGAUUAUAAAAUCAAAUGAUAUCAACGAUAACAAGAAUAGAGAUAAACAAAAUAUGGGCGGUUUAUAUUGUUAUAGAAAUUCAGAUGACAACGUGCAUACAUUUUUACAAAAUGAAUCAAGUAUAACAAAAAAAAUUACAUUAACAUCACCAGAAGGCAAAGGUUCAUAUGAAUUUGUUUUUAAUUUAUCCAAAACAGAUUUUAUGAUGAUUCAUUCAACAUUAGAUAAUCAAAACCAAACCUUGAACUAUGAUGCUGAAAAUAUUGAUUUCAACCAUAAACAUUCACAACAACAAUCUCAAAAACACCAAAUUUUCAGCCAAAAGCAACAACAACAACUACAGCAACCACCACAACAACAAAAUCCAUCAACUUUAAAAUUUAAUAAUAAAAAUGAAGUUUCUGAUAAUCAAAACAACAAUAAUAAUAACAAUAAUAAUAAUAACAAUGCAAAUGAAGUAACAACAAACACUUUUAAUAUUCAAACUGAAGGCAAUCAAGUUGAAGUUUUAAUCGAUGGUUUACAAACAUUUAGAAGGUAUUUUGAAAUUAUGAUGAAUGCAGAACAUAGUAUCAGUAUUUUAGCUUGGGAAUUAACCUUUUCAUUUGGUUUAGUUUUAACCAAAAAUGUCGAAUCUCAACUUCCUCUUCACGUUGACCCAAUGUCGAAAUGGAUUACUUUAGAAGAUGUUUUAAUUUCAAAAAGCAUUGGAUGGCUUUGGAGACACGAAUUACUAUCGCAUUUGACUAGAUUCCUUUAUCUUGGUGAAGUUACGAUCGAAAGAGAAGUAUCAAAAUUAGAAAAAAGAUGUAAUCGUUUAGGUGUAACUUGUAAUGUAUUUCAUACCCAUAAUAUGCCUGGUUUAGAUUCAGAAUUUGCAAAUAUCGAUAAUCCUAGUUUGCACUAUAACGCAAAAAAUCAACAUCAUAAACAUAAAAAUAAUAAUCACCAUCAUAAACAAGGAAAUCAAAAUAAUAAUAACAAUAGUAAUAACAAUAAAAAUAAUAGUAAAGAAAAACAACAUACACCAAGUAUUACAGUUGUAAUUGUCGGUAAUCCUCAAGGUAUUUUAUCAUCUCAUCAUGAAAAACUUUUAUUGGUCGAUCCUGAAUGUCCUGAUCAUUGCGUUGCUUUUACAGGUGGUUUUGAUAUAGCCAGAGGAAGAUAUGACCAACCAUUACAUCAAAUACCCAAACCAUAUAUACCACACAUUAACAAACCCACAUCACCACCGUCACCACCAGCAAAUAGUAAUUAUCAUAAACUAGUGCAAAUCAAUGCAAAUAAACAACAACCACAACAACAACAGCCACAACAACACCAACAGCAAAAUGAACAAAAUGAACAAGAAUUGGAACCAAAUAAACAACCAAUAAGAUAUACAGGUAGAAACGUUCAACCAAUUUUAAGACAAAUUAGAUUUCUAUGGCACGAUAUUCAAAUUCUAUUAAGAGGACCAAGCACCCAACAUUUAAGACUACACUUUUUCCAAAGAUGGAUCCAUGCUUUUUCUCAAAAUGUUUCGAUUACAAGAACAGCCUCAUUAGAGGUUUUCCCAAGCUCAAUAACCUGCACCAAAAAACAUAAACCUGCAAACUCUGUUAAAGUAGCCCAUAAUGACCCAGCCAAAGUAUACACUCAGUGCUCUGUAAGAUUAUUUAGAACAUGGAAAGGUGUUUUAGAUAACAAUAUGAUGUUUGACGAAUAUGGUAAAAUGAUAUUAAAUGCAAAAGAGUUUCUUUAUAUCGAACACCAGUACCCAUUCCAAAAUUUUACACUCACCUAUUAUAUGUGCGAAGCAUUAAAAGCAAAUCCAAAUCUCCAUCUUUUAAUUGUAACUCCAGUCAAAACCGAUUUACCAAGUGGCUUAGUAGGAGAACUUUUCGAUUGGUCUCAAGAUCAUAUUAUCAAACAUCUUCAUUUAAUUCACAGUAUUGCACCCGAUAGAGUUGGUAUUUAUGGUUUGGUCCGUCAAGAUGAAGAAACCAAUCGUUUGAAACCCAUAUAUAUCCAUUCAAAACUUUUCAUCGUUGACGAUUUAAUAUUUAACGUUGGAAGUACCAAUAUGGAUAAUAUGAGUUUUUUCCAUUCAAGCGAAUUAUGUGCAUCAAUCAUCGAACCAAGAUUAGCAAAAGAGACCCGUAUCAAAUUAGCAAAAGAACAUUUAGGUAAUCAUUAUAGACCCAGUAUGGACAAUAAUUUUAUAGAUAUGUUUAAUAUGUUUAGAAAAGUUUCAGAAGAAAAUUAUGAACGUCUUCGUUAUAAACGUUUAUUAAUAGGUAGACCCAUCUCUUUGACACCAGUCGACAAAUACGAAUUUAUUUUAAAGAAAAUUUACUAUCCAAACAAAUUUACAAAACUAUUAUUCAAAAUGGGUUUAGAUACCGAAGAAUGGUUGAAUAAAAUGUUUAACCCAAGUUCUUGGAUGAACUUAUUUAAACCAAAAUUAUAA